GUUUAGUUUCAAUCGUGAGACCGGGAGGAGAGGUAAAAGCACAAGGAGACGAGAGAAAUUUUGUGCCAUCAUCAACGCUUUGUUCUUUGAUAAUCCUCCAUAAUUUCUUUGUCGUCGGAGAGGAGAGACAAACAGACUCCACCAUGGACGACCCCAUGGCCUUUUUUUAUGGGAAGGCCCCGAUCAAACCGAUAAUCCUCCACAAACCAGCGAGGAAAUGUUCCAAAUUAUCUACUGACUUUUCCUCGCUUUCGUGCACCUCCGAGGCGAGCACUCUGUCGACCUGUGUGGGGAUUGAUUAUGCGGAUGAGUACCUGGAGAAAGAGGAUCAACUCCUGCGUGAGUCCUCCGCCUUCUACAAGAGCAUCCCCGCCAUUGACGGUACGAGUUACGAUCAAAUCUCCCUAACGACAGCGGAUGCCAGCAAUGUCCACUUCGACGAGGAGCAGCAAAAGAUCUACAACACCUACGACUUGAGCUACAACCCCAGGAAUGACCUGUCAAUAGCUUCAUUUCAAGAUCAAAUAACCAGAAUGAUCGAGACCAAUCCGGUGACGAUAAUCCAGGGCCCCACCGGCUGUGGAAAAACCACUCAGGUUCCCCAAUUCAUUUUGGACAAUCGCUACAAGAAUAAACUCCCCUGCAACAUCGUUGUCACGCAGCCCAGAAGGAUAGCUGCCAUGAGCAUUGCAAAACGCGUCAGUGAGGAGCACGAGUGGCCUUGUGGCACUCUCGUUGGCUUCAAGGUCGGCCUUGUUAGCAACACGAACGAGGACACUCGACUCACUUACUGCACAACAGGAGUUCUCCUCCAGAGGCUCGUCCAUCAAAAGCACAUGAAUGAUUUCACUCAUGUUAUUAUUGAUGAGAUCCACGAAAGAGACCAGGACAUGGAUUUUCUAUUACUAGUCGUCAGGAAAUUCCUCAGAUCGAAUUCUCGGGGAGUCAGGGUGGUCCUCAUGUCGGCUACUUUCGAUGUAGAGAAAUUCUCGAAGUACUUUUCGUUUUAUGCAGGUCAAAAGCUCAUCGCAGCACCGACGAUCGACGUGACAAAACGCAAUCGCUUUCUGAUUCGCGAAUUUUACCUGAACGAUCUCUACGCUGUGAAGGCUAAACUCCCCGAGGUUAAGCCCCACGAGCCCGAGGUCUCUAAAGAGAUGCUACAAUUUGCAGUCUGUCUGAUGCAGCUUAUGAACAAAAUUGAUACGGAAAUCGAUCGUUUUGGCAGCAUCAACUCUGGAGAUCGUCCCACCAUCCUGGCGUUUCUCCCUGGAAUUCACGAGAUUGAGGAGCUCCACAACCUCCUGGAUUCACCGAGUAACGAGUCCCAGAAGUGGGACAUUGUCGUUCUCCACUCGUCCAUCACGAGUGAAGAGCAGGGGAGGAUAUUCGAGCCACCACCACCUGGUUAUCGCAGGAUUAUCCUGUCCACAAACAUCGCUGAGAGUAGUCUCACUGUUCCCAAUGUGAAGUACAUCAUUGACUUCUGCCUGACGAAACAGCUGGUGACUGAUACGACGACAAAUUUUCACAGCUUGGAAUUGACAUGGGCAUCUCACGCCAAUUGUCAACAGAGAGCUGGACGAACGGGAAGAGUCAUGGACGGUAGGGUGUAUCGUCUCGUUCCCAAGUUAUUUUAUCAACAAGUACUUCCUGACGAGAAUCCCCCUGAGAUCGCCAGGGCCCCCCUGGAGAACGUCUACCUCAGAGCAAAAAUGCUUAACAUGGACAAGCCCAAGGCCCUUCUAGCUCUGUCCCUGGAUCCACCAGACCUCAGCAACAUUACGAGAACGGUCCUCAAUCUGAAGGAGGCUGGAGCCCUCCAGGAUAUUGGAGACGAUCCCCACGAUGGGGAGUUGACCGACAUGGGAAGAGUAAUGGGACAAUUGCCCUUGGAAAUUCACGUCUCCAAGUUGAUUGUCCUUGGACAUGUAUUCAGUGUCCUCAGGGAGGCCAUCAUCAUCGGCGCCAGUAUGUCCGUCAAGAACAUGUUCAGUGCACCGUUCAAAGAGAAGAUGCAGGCGUAUAAGGCCAAAUUACUCUGGGCCAGGAACACCAACAGCGAUGGAAUAGCAUUUUUGAAUGCCUUCAAGGGUUUCAUGCAUUUCAAGGUUCAGAAUUCAAAGAGCAAGGACCCGAGCUCUGAUCACGCCUGGGCUAGGAGGAGUUUCCUGCAGAUAAGGGUUAUGAGGGAGGUGGAGGCGACGGUUAAUGAUAUCACGCACAGGCUGGAGGGACUCGGGAUCAAGGAGAUCAGGGGACCACUGAGGGUCCAAUGGAAUCUUACGGAGCUUCAAUUUGUAUUGAAGGUCAUUAUUGCCGGGGCUUUUUAUCCACAAUAUUACUUGGCCAAUCCGAGGGCCGAUGAGAGGAGCAGUGUCAAGGAGCUGGGGGGAUUGGAUCCUACGAAAACGGUUUACUUGACAGGCUGGCCAAUCAAUCAGCCAGGACUGCUCUACGCCAAACGUUUUCAGUAUGCCUUCCAGGAUGUUUUAAGUGCCGAUUCAUCCCGCGUCGCAGUUAAAUUUGAUCACUCGAAUCGAGUUUAUAUUCAGUUCAACAAGAAUGAAGUGAAGGAUCAAAAAAACGCCCCUGAUCUUCCAGGGGAGAUUCCAGUGUCAGUCUAUCAGGCUCUGAAACUCAAGUCCAUCAAGAAAGGUGUCUCUAUUUCUGUAAUGCCAGCAGAUGCAGCCAAUAAAAUGGCGGAGGAACUUGGAGUGGAGAACGGCGCAAUCAAUCUGUACAUCCCACGCCCCAGGAAACUUCACGAUGGCCCAGCAUUCAAGCUGAGACCAAAGCUUCCACCCCUCGAUCUGGCGUACUUCCCCAUCCAGGUACAGAGGAUCGUCGACCCUGGGCGCUUCUGGGUGACUAAUGAGGAUGAGGAGACGAAACGAAACCUCUCGGACGUGAAGGAAGCCAUCAAGAUGAUGGAGGCCACGGGCCUGGAGUCUUUUGAGGGGAAUCCACAGGUGGGAAUGAUUGUCCUUGCACCCAAAGACUGCACUGGGGGCGAUCAGAGCUCUUUACCGACAAUCACUUAUGAUCGGGCAGUUAUUCAAAACGUCUCCUUGGUGGCUAAGCAUAACUACAAUGCUCAGGUGUUCUUCAUCGACUCUGGGUAUACCUCGAAACUCAGGAUUUCUGAUCUACGUUGUGUAUCCGCAGACUCACCUCUCCAGCAGAUACCAGCAGCUGCUCUUCAGUGUGCCCUCUGCCACGUCAAACCAGCCAUCCUGAAUACUCUCACGGGACAGUGGUCCGAGAGCACUAAGAGGAUUUUCGAGGAGCUCAUCACCGGAGAGGAGAAGAAACUUUAUGCUGAGGUCUACUCAGUUGUCAACUCAGUGGUCUCCCUCUACCUUCAUGUGUAUAACAAGUCCGAGACAAUUCAGGUGAACGAUUUUCUAGUUCGACAGGGGUACGCUGAAUGCAGAGAGGAGGACUACCUGUCCAAGGCGAACAACACCAUCAGACAGGAUGUGAAUAAGCUGUCAAUCGAGGAGAAGAACACCCACACAGAGCUGCAGCACAGCCAGCUCUACCUCUCAGACUCCUACGUGGAUCCUCCAGACGAGAAGGACUGUCCAAUAACUGUCGUCCUGGCAGGUCCCAACUCACCCUUAGAAGUAAAACUUUCCAACCUGAUUGAAGCUGGAGUUGGUGUGUCAAUUAGCAUUGACCAAGUGUCCGUCAACAGUAUUUUGUUGGAUCCAAUGCUUAACGAUCCACAUUCGAGGCUCGUUGUAGCUGGAUCUGUCAGUCAGGGUUAUGCAUCAGGGAAUCUGAUACUGAGAAACACAACAGUAAUGCCCAGUAUUCCAGGAUUGACCCACCUCCUGGGGCUGAUAUUCGCUCCCAAGGUGGAGUUAAGGGCCAAUGCCCUGAUGACCAGGAAUGUUGCAGCCCUGUGUGGCCUUGGGUAUGAGAAAGAUAGCAAGAGGAGCCUCUUCCCAGAGCACGACAUGGUCCUGAAUUUUGACGUUGACAUCAAUUUGGAUGAUCUGCAGAACAUCAACAGGCUCAGGUACUGGAUGAGCAUGGGGAUAUUCGUGGACACUGACGAGGACAGGAAUGAAGAGCAGAUCACCAACGACACCAUAAAGGCACAGACUAAAGUCAAGGAGAGCCUGUUCACACUGAUGAGCAGAAAGAGGAAUCCAAUCAUUGCUGAAGUGGACGUCAGGCAUACCAAGUGGUGCAGGUACAAAGACUCGGAUUUCAUUGAUCCUCCGAAUGUCAAUAAGUUUGAGAAUAUCAUGAUUUAUAAGCUGCAUCGGGCACUGGAUCUCAAACAGCAAGAUGAUGCCAAGGAAAUGAUGCUAGUUCAUCUCGAGGAGCUGGGUAAGAGGGCCUCGAUGAAGGUUAAGGAGGUGCCUUAUGAGGAAAUAGAGUGCAAGCUGUGCACACAGAAGAUCUUUGGGAUUCUUGAUCUCAGGACACAUAUUACCUCGAGCUAUCAUUGCAGACUGGAGCAAGAACUCAUGGAGACCAAUCAGUUGACAUGAGGGGGGAAGGGGGGGACUAGAUUUCGCGGGAACAGCCCCGAUUUUUUCAGUUUUUAUUCAAAUGUGACCAUCAACACUUCAGAAUUAUUAUUCAGUUUUUUUCAUUUUUCUCAUUUUCUUCUCCUCGUCGUGAAGAAAAGUUUUCAUAGUAAGAAUAAGCUUAUGGCAAAAACGGUGGACGAGCUUUCCAUUAAUAGUUUAGUUUUUCGUGAUUAUUCAUUCUAAGAAAUAUUUAGAAUAAUUUUUUUGAUGAUUUGUGGGGACUGAAGAGAAUGGUUGAGAGGGGAAGGGGCAGAACAUGGGGAUGUUAAUGGCCAUUAAGCAGAACAUUAUCGUUUGGUUCUUUCUUUGUUUAUAACUUUAGAAAACAGUUUCAAUCUUCUUGUUUUUUUAUUGACAUUUUCAACAAUACAUUGUAGUUAUUUAUAAUGAAAAAGUUUCAUUGAUUAAUAAAGAUACCAAAGUACAGGUUAAAAUCAGUGAGAAGGCGAUGGCGAAGAUGUGCAAUUGAUUGAGUGGAAACGGAUUUCUUGGACAAAUUAACAUUUUUAAAUACUUUUUCAUUCGAUGAGUAAAUGUUUAUAAAAUAUCUCAGCAAUCCGCUCAAUGAAUUUCACGACGCCUCUUAAAUUAAUUACUUAUUUCCUUUUUCUAAUACUAAUUUAUUAAUUUUCUUCAUUUUUUUCCAAUAAGUAUCUACAAAAUAUACAGAUCAUCAAGGGAUGUGAAUGCAAAAUCUAUUGCAAGAAUUAGUCGUUGGAGCUAUAAUUAAAAAUGUAAUUAUUAAUGCUAGGGAUUUUCCAAAUGCAGCUUAAUGGAAAAUAAAUUUAUCAUUUACCAUCCAAAUAAAUAACAAA